AUGAUUGGGGAAGACCCGAAGACGAUUACAAUGGAGGAGAUGGAGAAGAAGGAUUAUUGGUUAUUGAAGAGGGAGAGGAAGCACGGGUAUACUCCACCCCGCGUCCCGGUCGCCAAUCUUGAGUUGGUGAAAGAGAAGGACGCGGUUGUGGCUCGCGAGACCUCCUGCGCACUGAGUGGAAGCACGACCUGGGACGAGGAUCCUCAGAAUGAAUCCGACGAUGACAAGGCUGAGGAUGACCUGCCUAUGUUUUUCCAUCUGAAGACGAGGCACAAAAUCAAAACCCCAUACCUGCCGACUUCGAAUGGACCCGUCUGGCCUAUCGCACCCUGGCACCGUUACGAUUUAUCGAAGGCCUUCGAGCGGUGUGAGAAGUCGAGCCUGCACAUGAAUUGA